GACGGGUGGAAAGUGACGGCUGCAUUAUUUAGGGGAAAGGUCGGACUUCUGUCAGGUUUUUGUAUCCACCACGGGCUGAUUGAGAGUGCCACAAGAAGAUAUCGGUGGAAAGGUUCAAGCCUGACAGUGGAAGUUUGUUGAAUUGGCAUCAUGGCGCUUCUCAGAGGUGUAUUUAUUGUAGCUGCCAAGCGCACUCCGUUCGGUACCUAUGGUGGCGUGUUGAAGGAUCACAGUGCAACAGACCUGGCUGAGCAUGCAGCCAAAGCUGCCCUCGCUGCAGGGGGCGUUGCACCAGAACUUGUAAACAGUGUCAUCAUGGGAAAUGUCAUGCAGAGCUCGGCUGAUGCACCCUACAUUGCUCGUCAUGUGGGUCUGAGGUGUGGCGUUCCCAUCCCAGUCCCUGCUCUCACUGUGAACAGACUGUGCGGAUCUGGUUUCCAAUCCAUCAUCAGUGGUGCUCAAGAGAUUUGCCUCAAGGAGUCAGAGGUGGUCCUGGCUGGAGGCUCAGAGAGCAUGAGCCAGGCCCCCUACGCUGUUCGCAACAUCCGAUUUGGUACAAAGUUUGGAUUUGACCUGAAGUUAGAGGACACCUUGUGGGCGGGUCUGACUGACCUGCACGUCAAAAUCCCAAUGGGCAUCACAGCGGAAAACCUGGCAGAGAAAUACCAGAUCACACGAGAAGACUGCGACAACUAUGCGUACCAAACACAACAAAGGUGGAAGGCAGCUCAUGAGGCUGGUUACUACACAGCAGAAAUUGCUCCCAUUGAUGUGAAAGCUAAGAAGGGCAAGGUGUCCAUGGCUCAGGACGAACACCCUCGUCCACAGACCACACUGGAGCAGAUGGCCAAGCUGGCUCCUGUCUUCAAGAAGGGAGGGACUGUUACUGCUGCCAAUGCUUCGGGUGUAUCUGAUGGGGCUGCUGCUGUGGUGAUUGCAAGCGAGGAUGCACUCAAUGAACACAAGCUCACUCCACUGGCCAGAAUCGUGGCCUAUCACGUGUCAGGCUGUGACCCGAGCAUUAUGGGGAUUGGUCCUGUUCCAGCGAUCACAGAAGCUCUUAAAAAAGCGGGUCUGACUUUGAAGGACAUGGAUCUUGUGGAGGUGAAUGAGGCCUUUGCCCCUCAGUACCUGGCUGUUGCUAAGGCUCUUGGUCUUGAUCCAGAGAAAAGCAACAUUAACGGUGGAGCUAUUGCCAUCGGACAUCCUCUCGGUGCUUCUGGAACACGCAUCACUGCCCACCUGGUUCACGAGCUCAGGCGACGAGGAGGCAAGUACGCUGUUGGCUCUGCCUGCAUCGGUGGUGGUCAGGGCAUUGCCAUCAUCAUCGAAAACUGCUGAUUCAAGAAGCUGCCAACAUCAGAAGAAUUCUCCCAGGAGAAUGUCUUGCAGCACCGUCCGCUGUCAUAACAGGAAAUACAGUAGACACGUCUGAGAAAGAGAUUUAAAAAAAAAAACAACAAAAAAAACCCCUCACAUACAACAUAAAUGUUCUCUUAACA